CGGAGAAGCAAGCGAUCACCCAUUUGUGGAUAUGAUGUCUAAGGCCCCUGUGUUCCUCGCCUUUGUCACCCUUGUUAGAGCUGGAAACAUCUUUGGCGGUGGCCAGCAGUAUGGGUUCCAAGGCGCAGGUUUUCAAGCCGGCAGUUUUCGAGGACCACUGUACGCUGCGGCUGCUACUCCUGGUGUCUCCGCUGCUGGUGCCUCUUACCCUCCCCAACCGUACAGCUUCGGGUACGACACUGCGGAUGAAUUUGGCACCCAGAUUUUCCACAAGGAACAAGGGGACGCAAGCAACGCAAAGACUGGCUCGUACGGUUACCGCGACGCAAGCGGCCUCUUCCGCACAGUGAACUACGUGGCCGAUGCGAACGGAUUCCGUGCCACUGUGGACACCAAUGAGCCCGGCACCGCUCCGGGUGCCAGCGCAGACGCCGUGUUCAACGCUAACCCUGUGGCGGCACCAGCCGGUGCCAGUGGUCGCUAUGCUGGAGCGGGUGGUCCGUGGGCUGGCCCUCCCCAACCGUACAGCUUCGGGUACGACACUGCGGAUGAAUUUGGCACCCAGAUUUUCCACAAGGAACAAGGGGACGCAAGCAACGCAAAGACUGGCUCGUACGGUUACCGCGACGCAAGCGGCCUCUUCCGCACAGUGAACUACGUGGCCGAUGCGAACGGAUUCCGUGCCACUGUGGACACCAAUGAGCCCGGCACCGCUCCGGGUGCCAGCGCAGACGCCGUGUUCAACGCUAACCCUGUGGCGGCACCAGCCGGUGCCAGUGGUCGCUAUGCUGGAGCGGGUGGUCCGUGGGCUGGCUAGACACGUCACAAUUUGUAUUUAGGCACAUGUGUAAAUACCGGAAGCGU